AUGGGCACGUCCGCGCGCUGGGCGCUCUGGCUGCUGCUCGCGCUGUGCUGGGCGCCCCGGGAGAGCGGCGCCACCGGAGCCGGAAGAAAAGCCAAAUGUGAAGCCUCGCAGUUCCAGUGCACAAAUGGCCGAUGUAUCACGUUGCUGUGGAAGUGUGAUGGGGACGAAGACUGCGCUGAUGGCAGUGAUGAGAAGAACUGUGUGAAGAAGACAUGCGCUGAGUCUGACUUUGUAUGCAACAAUGGCCAGUGUGUUCCUAAUCGAUGGCAGUGUGACGGGGAUCCCGACUGUGAAGAUGGUUCUGAUGAAAGCCCAGAACAGUGCCAUAUGAGAACAUGCCGCACAAAUGAAAUCAGCUGUGGUGCCCGCUCCACUCAGUGCAUCCCAGUGUCCUGGCGGUGUGAUGGUGAAAAUGAUUGUGACAGUGGAGAAGAUGAAGAAAACUGUGGCAACAUAACGUGUAGCUCUGAUGAGUUCACCUGCUCCAGUGGCCGCUGCAUCUCCAGGAAUUUCAUGUGCAAUGGCCAGGAUGACUGCAGUGAUGGCAGCGACGAGCUGGACUGCGCCCCACCAACCUGUGGGCCCCACGAGUUCCAGUGCAGCACCUCCUCCUGCAUCCCCAUCAGCUGGGUGUGCGACGAUGACGCAGACUGCUCGGACCAGUCGGAUGAGUCCCUGGAGCAGUGCGGCCGCCAGCCAGUGAUCCACACCAGGUGCCCAGCCAGCGAGAUCCAGUGUGGCUCUGGCGAGUGCAUCCACAAGAAGUGGCGAUGCGAUGGGGAUCCCGAUUGCAAGGACGGCAGUGAUGAGGUCAACUGUCCUUCCCGAACCUGCCGACCUGACCAGUUUGAGUGUGAGGACGGCAGCUGCAUCCAUGGCAGCAGGCAAUGUAAUGGCAUCCGAGACUGCGUGGACGGUUCUGAUGAAGUCAACUGCAAGAACGUCAACCAGUGCUUGGGUCCUGGGAAGUUCAAGUGCAGAAGUGGGGAAUGCAUUGAUAUCAGUAAAGUGUGCAACCAGAAGCAAGACUGCAGGGACUGGAGUGACGAGCCCCUGAAAGAAUGCCAUGUAAAUGAAUGCUUGGUUAAUAAUGGCGGAUGCUCCCAUAUCUGCAAAGACCUAGUUAUAGGCUAUGAAUGUGACUGUGCAGCUGGGUUUGAACUCAUAGAUAGGAAAACCUGCGGAGAUAUUGAUGAAUGCCAAAAUCCGGGAAUCUGCAGUCAAAUUUGUAUCAACUUAAAAGGCGGUUACAAGUGUGAAUGUAGUCGUGGGUAUCAAAUGGAUCUUGCCACGGGCGUGUGCAAGGCAGUAGGCAAAGAGCCAAGUCUGAUCUUCACCAAUAGACGAGACAUCAGGAAGAUUGGCUUGGAGAGGAAAGAAUAUAUCCAACUAGUUGAACAGCUGAGAAACACUGUGGCUCUUGAUGCUGACAUUGCCUCUCAGAAACUAUUCUGGGCUGAUCUAAGCCAAAAGGCCAUCUUCAGUGCCUCAAUUGAUGACAAAGUUGGUAGACAUGUUAAAAUGAUCGACAAUGUCUAUAAUCCUGCAGCCAUUGCUGUUGAUUGGGUGUACAAGACCAUCUACUGGACUGACGCGGCUUCUAAGACUAUUUCAGUAGCUACCCUAGAUGGAACCAAGAGGAAGUUCCUGUUUAAUUCUGACUUGCGAGAGCCUGCCUCCAUAGCUGUGGACCCGUUGUCUGGCUUUGUUUACUGGUCAGACUGGGGUGAACCAGCUAAAAUUGAAAAAGCAGGAAUGAAUGGGUUUGACAGACGGGCGCUGGUGACAGCGGACAUCCAGUGGCCUAAUGGAAUUACACUUGACCUUAUAAAGGGCCGCCUCUAUUGGCUGGAUUCCAAAUUGCACAUGUUAUCCAGUGUGGACUUGAACGGCCAAGAUCGCAGGAUAGUCCUGAAGUCUCUGGAAUUCCUAGCUCAUCCCCUGGCACUCACAAUAUUUGAGGAUCGUGUCUACUGGAUAGAUGGGGAAAAUGAAGCAGUCUAUGGUGCAAAUAAAUUCACUGGCUCGGAGCUGGCCACUCUAGUUAACAACCUUAAUGAUGCCCAGGACAUCAUUGUCUAUCACGAACUUGUACAACCAUCAGGUAAAAACUGGUGUGAAGAAGAUGUGGAGAAUGGAGGAUGUGAAUACCUCUGCCUGCCCGCCCCACAGAUUAAUGACCACUCUCCAAAAUACACCUGUUCCUGUCCCAAUGGGUACAAUCUAGAGGACAAUGGCCGAGAAUGCCAAAGUACUACAACUACUGUGAAUUACAAUGAGACAAAAGAUACCAACACAGCAGAAAUUUCUCCAACUAGUGGACUAGUUCCUGGAGGGAUCAAUGUGACCACAGCAGUAUCGGAGGUCAGUGUUCCCCCUAAAGGGACUUCUGCUGCCUGGGCCAUCCUUCCCCUCUUGCUCUUAGCAAUGGCAGCAGUAGGUGGCUACUUGAUGUGGCGGAAUUGGCAACAUAAGAACAUGAAAAGCAUGAACUUUGACAAUCCUGUGUACUUGAAGACCACUGAAGAGGACCUAUCAAUAGACAUUGGUAGACACAGUGCUUCUGUUGGACACACGUACCCAGCAAUAUCAGUUGUAAGCACAGACGAUGAUCUAGCCUGA